GCAGUUUUGUGAUGGAAGCACUCAACUGUGUAGAGAAUCCUUCCUCUACUUCAGUCUCAGUAUCUCAUUAAGCUGGCUGCAUGCGUGUUUGUCCUAGGAGGUCAGUGUCUUUACCCCUCGAAACCGCCUCGACUCCUGAUAUCUUCACCGGGCGAACGCCGUUACGUAUACAGCUUCGAGUACCUUUGCAUCCCGCUUCAUUGGCAUCGCAUUGCUCGACAGCUACCUAGGUACCUACAGGUAUAGGGCUGACUUGCAUGUACAGCAGCUUAUCUUUGAUUCAUUCUGCGUUACACAAGGCUUCCAGCUACCUUGUUUUCCAAGUCAAGGUAUGUCUACUACAACUCCUCCUCCUUUUCACACAUCGUUGCCUCUUCUCUGGCGCAUCCUUGGGAGCUCAAUAUCAUGGUUACACAGUUUCCACCCUUGCGAACCUGUCAAAUUUUAUCUACCGUGCUUGUCAGCAUUGCUUUUGCCGUUCUCCUUUAUCAAGUAUUAGGCAACCAAGGGUAUGCCAGUGGAGUCUUCAUUUUUAGGCCCAUUCUUGGAUCGUCUAGCACAUAUUGAAGCGGAUGACCUUGCUCCUUGUUAUUCACGAGUGAUGACUAGUGGUUCCCUCUACUGCGAAUCUCUCACUUUUCCGUUCUUCUUGUCUUCUUGUCGUCUUGAUCAGAAUAACUACCGAUUACAUGUCACAGGCUCAGCUCUAUUACAAAAUUGGAAAACUCCCUUCGUAGGAGCAUUACUACUACGAUAAAAAUGCCCAGCCAGAAGAGAAAGACGAGUUUCCGAACUAUCCAGCAGUUCAAGACCGAUUAUGCACCUGUUUCCAUCACUCAGUAUGUAUCCGAGCGAACUGGGAUGCAUGUCGUGGUGACCGACCAAAAGGGACCCAAGGUAAAUGGCUACUUUACUCUCGCAACAGAGAUUCUUGACGAUUCUGGAUCUCCUCACACUUUAGAACACCUGGUUUUCAUGGGUUCUCGGAGCUACCAAUACAAAGGUCUCUUGGAUAAGCUUGCUUCACGAGCCUAUUCAAAUACCAAUGCCUGGACCGCCACAGACCACACAGCUUAUACCCUAGAGACUGCAGGGUGGGAAGGAUUCGCUCAAAUUUUACCCGUCUAUCUUGAGCAUGUCAUCUUGCCCACCCUCACUGACGAAGGUUGCUACACAGAAGUUCACCACAUUGAUGGAGAAGGAAAUGAUGCAGGUGUCGUCUAUUCAGAGAUGCAAGGCGUACAAAAUACUGGUGGUGAGAUAAUGGAUAUUCGGGCAAGGCGUCUUUUGUAUCCAGAAAAUGUUGGCUUCCGAUAUGAGACGGGUGGAUUGAUGGAAAAUCUGAGAGUCUUGACAGCGGAUCGAAUCAGAGCUUUCCACAAAGAAAUGUACCAGCCCAAAAAUCUAUGUCUCGUUCUUGUGGGGGAGAUUGACCAGGACGAGCUUCUUCAAAUUCUGGAAGAAUUUGAGGAUAGUAUUAUCGAUGAUAUUCCUGCGCCUGAUGCUCCAUUCAAACGGUGAGUAGUACAGAUUCUUUGGAAAGUUUACCCGAGAUUGUUUUCUAACGUUUCCAGACCUUGGGUAGAUUCUCCGCAACCGCCUGCUUUGAAAGAGACUAUUGUCGAGGCAGUCACGUUUCCUGAAGAGGAUGAAACCAUGGGCGAGAUCUCAAUUGGGAUGUUCGGGCCCGAUUGCAAUUCUCCAGUCGAAACAGCAGCUCUGACCGUUCUACUAACAUACCUCGCUGGAUCCUCCAUCUCCAUCUUGGAAAACAUCAUGGUGGAAAAAGAGGAGCUCGCUAGUGCCAUCUACCAACAGUGGGAUGCAAGACCAAAUACAGUCAUUUGGCUCCAACCUUCUGGUGUUGCAACCGAGAAGUUGGCGCACGUUGAGAAGCGACUUUUUGAAAUUCUGCAAGAUGUUACAUCAAAUCCUCUAGACAUGAAAUAUAUGCUAGAUUGUAUUAGACGAGAACGAAGAAGGGUCAAAUUUCAAGCAGAAAGCUCCACCAGUUUCUACGCCGAUGGUAUCAUCAACGACUUUCUCUUCGGAAGCCGCGAUGGUUCCACCCUGAAAGACAUGUCCACCCUCGCUGAAUUUGAUACAUUGGAAACAUGGACCGAUCCGCAAUGGAGAGACUUUUUGGGAAAGUGGGUAACUAAUGCACCCCAUAUUUCACUCCUCGGCACACCAUCUAAGGAGAUGGCAGAAAAGAUCAAGACAUCCGAGGAAGAGCGACUUGCUGCACGACGCAAGGAACUCGGGCCUGAAGGUCUCGCAAAACUCGCAGAAAAGCUGAAAGAAGCUGUUGCGAAGAAUGAUACUGAAAUUCCUGCAUCUGUAUUGCAGAAGUGGCCUGUCCCUGGUGUAGAUUCGAUUCACUUUAUCGAAUCAACAACGGCAAGAUCUGGUCUUUCUAAAAAGCUUGGUAAACCAUCAAACAAUAUCCAGACCAUAAUCGACAAAUCAUCUGAAGACAUUCCGCUCUUCGUCCAGUUUGAGCAUGUUCCUAGCAAUUUUGUCCACAUUACGGUUCUUCUUGGUACCUCUCAGGUCGCAACUGAACACCGCCCUCUGCUGCCAUUGUUCAUGGACAACUUCUUCAAUACACCAGUCGUCAAAGAUGGGAAGAAAAUCGAGUUUGAGCAGGUCGUUACUGAGCUCGAACAGGACACUGUCAGCUAUUCUAUCAAUGGGGGAGGUCGUGUUGGAUACUCCGAAGGUCUUGUUAUUCAAUUCGUGGUUGAACGCGACAAAUAUGCUACAGCAAUUGAAUGGAUUCGAACCAUGAUGUUUGAUAGCAUUUUUGACGAGACCAGACUGAAGGCUGGAAUUUCCAAGAUUCUUGCCGAGGUACCUGAAUCCAAGCGGAGUGGCAAUAGCAUGAUGAGUAGGUUAUGUUCUAUAUUACAAAAUCUUCGCCGGAUACACAUGUGCUGACUAUGUCUAGAUGCUGUCGACUCAAUGAUACAUAUGGACAAAGACUCAAAUCUCAAGGCUCGCGGAACUCUUGUAAAGGCGGUCUACAUGAAGCGACUCAAAAGUCUUCUGGCAAAAGAACCUGAAGUGGUAAUUGGUUGGCUUGAGAGUCUCCGAAAAUCACUUUUCACAUUUCAGAACAUGCGAGCACUUGUGAUUACAAACAUUGAGCAACUACCAAAUCCCGUCGACUCAUGGAAAUCUCUGAUUGCUGGAUUGGAUGCUACAAACCCACUAUUACCAGUCGUAAAACUGGAUCAACGUCUCAGCAGUGAUGGCCAAAAUCCAGGUAGCUAUGGAGCGGUCAUCGUACCUAUGCCAACAAUCGAUUCCUCCUUCCUUCUCUCCACUGCGAAAGGACCCAACUCAUACCUGAGCCCGAUUCUUCCAGCUCUGCAAGUCGCAACAUCUUUCCUCGAUGCUGUAGAAGGACCUAUGUGGACAGCUGUCCGUGGCACCGGUCUCGCAUACGGUGCGUACUUCCGUCGGGACCCGGACGGGGGAUUCGUUUCCUUUAACAUCUACCGCUCCCCUGACGCUCUACGCGCCUUCAACGCAGCCAAAGCCGUUCUGGAGUCCCACAUCGAUGGCACCGCGAGGUUUGAACAAUAUGCCCUCGAAGGUGCGGUUAGUCAGAUCGUCACGGGUUUUGCGGAUGAACAAUCUACCAUGGCUGCCGCAGGGCAAUUUCACUUUGUAGAUAGCGUUGUGAGGGAGGUGGAUGAUGAGUACAACACGAGGACUCUGCAGAAGGUGAGAGCGGUUACCGUGGACGAGAUCAAGGCUGUAAUGAAGGAUGUUCUGUUGCCUAUCUUUACGCCUGGCACGGCGAACUUGGUGGUCACUGCUGCGCCGAUUAUGGAGGAGGUAUGUUUGCUUUCUUUAUCUUAACCACAAGACCUUUACUGAUUUUCAUCUAGGCGCUUGUGAAGGGCUUUACGGAGCUUGGAUUUAAGACCCAGACUCAGCCUCUGUCUGCUUUCCAGGAGAGUUAUGGACUUGAAGGUGGGGAUGAUGAAGACGAGGAUGAGGAUGAGGACGAUGGGGAUGAAGGGGAUGAGGAGACUAGUGAUGAUGAAUGAUGAAUUCUUUCUUUUGCGUGAGGAGAUUGUGAGUAUAGGUAUAAAAGAUAGCUAGCUCGUUUCAAGUCUAUUAGAAUCUAUAGUACGUUCUCAAAUCUCGAUA